AUGGUUAGGCCUCCUUGUUGCAGUGAGAGUACUAGUAGCGAAUUGAAGAAAGGACCAUGGACUCCUGAAGAAGACGCGCUUCUUGUACGUUACAUUCAGGAACAUGGCCACGAUAGUUGGCGAGCUUUACCCAAACGUGCUGGCUUGAAUAGGUGCGGAAAGAGUUGUAGAUUGAGAUGGAUUAAUUAUCUUAAUCCUGAUAUCAAAAGAGGAAAGUUUACCGAAGAAGAAGAGAAUCUCAUCAUUAACCUCCACUCUGUCCUUGGAAAUAAGUGGUCAAAAAUUGCAUCACAACUUCCGGGAAGGACUGAUAACGAAAUCAAGAAUUACUGGAAUACACAUGUCCGAAAGAAGUUUAUCAAGGCCGGAAUUGACCCAAUAACUCAUAAACCAGUUCCUAAUCUUGGAUUCUUUAUUGAUGCGAUUUCAAAGCUCACCACUUCAUCUUCUAACUUCCCAUUUAGAAUUCCAACCAUUAUGAGCCCAUUGGCUACCAUUAACGAUCAACUGGUAAAUAACAUUUUGCAAAUCAUAAGCACAAACACCUUACCAAAUGUGGUCAAACCAUCUUUCUUAUGUGAUUUCAAGGAAUACGACGAGUCGUUACUUUCUAACGAAAUGAUUAGCCAGUAUUCAAUGAGUUCGUCUGAAGAUUGGGCGAAGUAUAACCAGCAGGUUGUCUCGGAACCACAUUGUGAAAUUAGUAAUUCUAUUAAUGGUGGAAGUUUGAUGGGGAGUUACGGAGAUGAUGAAGUUGAGCUAAUUCCUGAAACAUUUACUGACUGUAAAAAUUUGAAUGAUAACUUCUUUAUCGAAAAUCACCUUCCUGGCUUGCUCCCAAUUAUGUCUCCCAAAGGACUCACAAACAACGAAGUCAUAAACAUUCUCGAGAACGCUCAUCAGCCUAACGACGUCUUUCAAGCUAGUAUCGAAGAUUAUUAUGAUUCUCUUUGA